GUGAUUGUAUGGAUUAUGAGCACCAAAGGACUAUCAAUAGUAUUGAAAAAUCACCUUAUUAAGAUUGUCUGCAGAAGCAUUAUGUGGAGUGUGCCCAUGUUCUACACAUUUUGGAAUUUGAGGAGGCUUUUUGUUUGCAGCAGGGCCUACGUGGAGCACCACCUAUUGACCUGUGGGGACGUGUAUGGCAGAUUUGAUGUGUUGUUCAAUCGAGUCCGAGUUAUCCAGAAAAAGAGUGGACAAUUUGAUAUGCUACUCUGCGUUGGGAGCUUUUUUGGCACAAGCCCAGAAAGCCAAACACACUGGGACGAAUAUAAAUCUGGAGCAAAGAAAGCCCCUAUUCAGACCUAUGUCCUAGGAGCCAACAAUCAAGAAACUGUAAAGCAUUUUAAGGAUGUUGAUGGAUGUGAGCUGGCUGCUAAUAUUACCUAUUUGGGUCGUAAGGGACUAUUUACAGGGGCAUCAGGCCUGCAAAUCGCAUAUUUAAGUGGUAUUGAGUCCAGUAGUGAGCCAGCUCCUGCAUAUUGCUUUACUGCCAAGGAUGUCACAUCUCUAAAGAUGUCAUUGAUGUCGAAUUCAAAGUUCAAAGGUGUGGAUAUAUUACUGACAUCCUCAUGGCCCAAGGACGUGUCAAAUUAUGGCAAUGCUCUUCCUAAUGAAGCCUCAAAAAAAUGCGGGUCUGCACUGAUCUCCAAUUUAGCAUUUAACUUGAAGCCCAGGUACCACUUUGCAGCACUAGAGGGUGAAAAUUAUGAGAGACUCCCAUACAGAAAUCAUUUAGUCUUACAAGAAAAUGCUCAGCAUGUAAGUCGGUUUAUAUCUCUGGCAAGUGUUGGCAACCUAGAUAAGAAAAAGUAUAUUUAUGCCUUCAAUAUUGUGCCAAUGAGUUUAACGGAUAUAGCAGACCUUGUUAAACAGCCAUUAGAUGUAACUGAAAACCCUUACAGAAAGUCUGACAAAGACACCCCAAAGAGCAAAGGAAACAAAUCUGCUGAGGAGGAAGAACCCACACAGCAAUUCUUCUUUGACUUGAAUAAGCCACAAGGGAAAAAACGGCAGACAGAUGGAAAGGGAGGGCGUCAGUCACAGGCAAAGCAACCCAGGAAACAUCCCCAGCCAACAGGCCCGUGCUGGUUUUGUCUUGCUAGCCCUGAAGUGGAAAAACAUCUUGUGGUCAGCAUUGGUGAUAAUUGUUAUGUUGCUCUUGCCAAAGGAGGCUUAAUGUCGGAUCACGUGCUGAUUUUACCAAUAGGCCAUUACCAAUCAACAGUUGACCUUUCAUCUGACGUGGUUAAGGAAGUCGAACAGUACAAGGCUGCGCUGAGGACGUUUUUCAAGACAAAAGGGAAAAGAUAUGUUAUGUUUGAAAGAAAUUACAAAAGUCAGCAUUUACAGUUACAAGUUGUACCCCUUCCACUCAGCUGCUGCACUACAGAAGACAUAAAGGAAACGUUUAUCUUACAAGCUCAGGAGCAGGGAAUGGAGUUGUUAGAAAUCCCAGAACACUCUGACAUAAAACAAAUUGCACAGCCAGGGACACCGUACUUUUAUGUCGAAUUGGACAGUGGUGAAAAACUUUUUCACAGAAUUAAGAAACAUUUUCCUCUGCAGUUUGGAAGGGAAGUACUGGCCAGUGAAGCCAUUUUGAAUAUUCCCACCCGAGCUGACUGGAAAGAUUGCAAAUCAAGUCGAGCAGAAGAGGAAGACCUCACCAAAACUUUUAGAGAUGCCUUUGAGCCAUUUGACUUUACGUUACAGGACUAAACAAAGGAUUUGUAGCCGGAGGAAUAGACUUUCAUAUUUUUGCCACAGUGGUCAAUUUUUUGUAAAUGAUCAAUAUAGAGAUAUAAAAAAGACGGAUGGUUUAACAAAUCGUCAUCCAAAAUAUUCAAAGGGUCUUUACCUAGCAAAAAACUGGACAUUAUAGUUUUGUAAAUGGAGUGGGGGGGGAAUCAGUUUAAAUAAAAGUGUUUGUCUUUAGGUGAAAAAGGCUCUGUAUUUUAUCCCCUGUGUCCACAGCAUAAAUGUCUUAUUUGUGUAAGUGUUAUGGGAGUUAUUUAUAACCACUCGAGAAAUUUGCACCUGGGCUGUAACCUAUGGCAACCAAUCAUUGAUUAACUAUUUUCAGCCCACUGCAGUAGAACAAUGAAAGCAAAGUGUUUAUAAAUGAGCCCCACUUUAUUUAGAUUUCAACUGGUACACCCUUGCACAGAAACACAUGGACAUUAUUUUUUUUUAGCAAUUUCUGCGUUGUACGUUUUGUUAAUGUCAAAUUAUUUUUUUUCCUUUUGUAUCUUAUAAAAAAUAUAAUCCCAUUUUUAUCCAGUUCCUCCUUUAGGAACUGCUUUUAAAAUUUUUCAAUAAAGAUUUUAGCAUCAUGGUAAA